ACUUAACUCCCCCUAGUAACCAGCGUCGGCGUCUCGAAAGGUACUUGCAGAAAGAUGGGUUUAUUGUCAAUCCUUCGAAAACUAAAAAGUGCCCCAGACCAGGAGGUGCGCAUUCUCCUCCUCGGCUUAGACAAUGGUGGAAAGACGACACUUCUCAAACAGCUUGCUUCAGAGGAUAUUAGUCACAUCACCCCAACGCAGGGCUUUAAUAUUAAGAGCGUUCAGUCUCAGGGCUUCAAACUGAAUGUCUGGGACAUAGGAGGCCAGAGGAAGAUAAGGCCAUACUGGAGAAACUACUUUGAAAAUACUGACAUGCUUAUUUAUGUUAUAGACAGCGCAGACAGGAAGAGAUUUGAGGAAACGGGACAGGAAUUGGCUGAGCUGUUGGAUGAGGAGAAACUUAGUGGUGUGCCUGUUUUAAUUUUUGCGAAUAAGCAAGACCUGCUGACCGCUGCUCCGGCCUCUGAGAUCGCUGAGGGACUGAACCUGCACAUCAUCCGGGACAGAAUGUGGCAAAUUCAGUCCUGCUCUGCUCUUACAGGAGAGGGAGUCCAGGAUGGCAUGAGUUGGGUCUGUAAGAAUGUAACUGCGAAGAAGAAAUAGUGAGCCGCCUUCAUACCCCUGCAGAGAAUGUGAAAAGCAAACUUUGUGGACUCUGUGGAUUCUUUAUCAGCUCGUCCAGGUUAAAGGAGGUUAAAGGAGACACUUCUGACCCCUCUGAACUACUUCAGCCACUGCCUCGAUGACUCAGCCACCAGCUCUGUCUCAGCACUGGCCCCGUUUCCACCUGGUAGUAAGCAUUUUCAGUAAUCUGAUCUCAAGUGGUCAGCCGAGACAUAUUAACAUGCUCUCAAAUGUGUCUCUUGUGACCACUUGUCUUCAGAUUUUGUUGAGGCUUUUUACUCGUCAGGCUUCACAUCACAUUUGCAGGAGUGUUCUAUGCUGUGCCUAAAUACUGUUGCAUGAAUAAACCAAUGUUACCAACGGAAAGGCAAAAUAAUUAAAUCUAUAAUUUUGAUCAUGAUA